GUUAAUGAUUAAGUAACAGAAGAACCUCUUCUAUGAAAGUCCAUUGUGAACAUAUUCGACAUCACGCGAGAGCAAAUCGCCGGGAUACGUACCAGAAAAUGCAAGUAAUCGGGUCGUCGCGUUAAGAAAAGCCAGUCGAUUCUAAGGACGAGUGCUUCUGAGACUUCCUAUGGUCUUUUGGCACGUUUGCAGCAGUUCGGAGCAUUAUCCUUAUAGGAACAUUAUCCUUAUUACCUAUGGAGGAUUAAUAUUAUUAAUAUCGGCAUUAUAUUGUACUGGUGUGCCUGGAUUGACAAAAUAUUUUUCUGCUAUAUCUUCGUCUUCCAUCUUGUACUUUUACCGUAAGAUGUCAUCCCGAGAUUAUGAUAGAAGAAGAGGCGCUAGCAGCAGCAAUUCAAGCAGGCUGCGAAUGGACACGAGUGUAUCACAAUCCAGACCACAUGGCGAGAGUUCUAGUAAGCGAAAAGAGAUAGAUAAUGUAAUGCGAAAAGCACGCGAGUCACAAUCAAGCUAUUGGAACAAGAAGCUAUUGGAAGCAGAGGAACGAGAUCCAAAUAGAUGGCGUCACAGUGGAUACAAGGAAUUAUAUGUUGGCAGCAGCAGUGAACCUAGCAGAGGACAUCCCAAGAGUCCGCGAAGUCCGAGAUCCCGUAGCCCUCAUAGUCCACGACCGCGCAGUCCUCGAACGAGAAGUCCACCGCGUGAACGUUCUUCCCGUGAACGCAAUAAAAAUAGACAGCCUGCUCGUAGCUCUAGCACGGGCAGUACAUGUUCUGACAGAUCAUGUUCCGUUUGUUCACCGAAAGAACGACGACGCGUUGCUCCAUUGUCUCGUUCGCGUUCGAGAUCAGUUAGUCCGAUACGAACUAGGACACAUCCUAAAGAGGUAAUCGCGUCCAGUUCACGGGCCUUACAGCCGCGUACAAGACCACGGUCACCGCCCUUGCCGCGACCACGUACACCACCACCGGCACCGCAACCGCCGCUGCGUCAUCAGAAGGAUUACAAAAACGUCAAAGAGAAAGAAACUAAGGUUCGCCGUAAAGAGAAACAUCAUAACAGAUUGCCGGAAGAUCCACGAGUACCAGAUCCUAUCUCAUUGAUACGUAAACCAGUAAAAGUAGAAAAAACACAUACGAGUCAUGGAGCAUCGCAAAUAAUACGGCCUCCACCAGAAUCUUCACCUAGCGACGAUAGCGAUAGUUCCUCGACUACGUCCCAUGUAGGACCACCAAAAAUGACAUUAUCUGAACGAUUUGGUAAAAUGGCACAGUGGAGUGUAGAUCGUAGGGACAUGGAAAAUAUGCGUAUCACGAAAGAUGGCGAGAAUGCGAUGAAGGUCGUUAUAGAAGGCGAGGAGAGAAUUGCGCGUUUAGGUUACGACUCGCCACCUCCCGGUCAUUAUCCUGAAUCACUUUUAGCACAAGGUCCAAGAGGUUUCGAAUGCUGGGAUGAUGUUCGCGUCCGAUAUGAUUAUUACAAAGCGAGGGGAUAUCUUCGUGAUCUCACUCUCGAUGAUUAUAUCAAAUGGGAAGAAUGGUGGUACAAGUAUCAAGAAUGGCUUGAAGCCGAACGUUUUUAUGAGCAGUGGGCCUCGUCAAAUCGUUCGUCUGGCGGUAGUCGCAAGAGACGAGGACGACGCAAUAAUGUUACUCACUAAGAUAUAAGUCUCUGUUAUGAUUUACACUCGAUUUAUUGACAAAAUAUGCAGUGAUAUCUGUAAGUUUAGAGUACACAAAAAAAAAAUAUAUAUGUAUGUAUAAGCUAUAUAUCGUAAUAAAAAGGAUGAUUGUGUAAAACAUCAUAUGGUUUGAAAAAUGUAGUUUACAAUUUUAAAGAUUGUGUAUUAUGUUUUAUUCAUACCUUCAAUAACUGUCUACUGCUAAA